AUGGGCUACCCGUCGAGAUCGGGUACCCGACAAAUUGGAGAUGAAGAAGAAAUGGAAAUAUCCGUCGGGUACGAGUCGAAUAAUAAAAUGAAAAUUGGGUUCACUACCCGUCGGGUAAGGUUUUUGAUUGAUGAUGGAAUUGGCUGGAGCCUGGAAUUUGAAAUGGUGAACAUUGAUAGAAUUGGAACUAGUGUUUCCAUUUUUGUGAACUUGAGUGUGGAGUCUCAAAUCUCUGAUUUUGGACAAGCAAAACUAUGUUCGAAAGAACAUGGCGCUGUUUCAAUGAACACGGCAAAAGGCACGAUUGGAUACAUUGCUCCAGAAGUGUUCUCUAGAAACUUUGGUAGUGUUUCUCACAAAUCUGAUGUGUAUAGUUUUGGGAUUAUAUUACUUGGGAUGGUGGGAGGGAGGAGAAGAAGGACGAUGUGGAAUGAAUAUAUUAUCCGGAGUGGAUUUACAACCAUUUGGAUGGUGGCAAAGAGAUCGUUGGAGUCCAAGUUAAGGAUGAAGGAGAUGAUUUGA